UCACGUGACCUCAGCAAGGUGUUUUCACGCGGAUCUCUUGACACGAGCGCGCGGAGAGAGCAGAGGGUUCGCAGAGGUCAGUACAGGCGGACCGGAGAGAGACACUCUUGAACUCAUCUUGCUGGAGGAUGGAGGUGGAGAACCGACCGAACGGGUUUGAAUUCUCCAAACGGGGUUUUUAUAAAGAGAACUCUCCACAGGAUGAUACAGAAGAUGUGGGCGAGCAGCGCUGGUGUCUGAUCUGUGGCGACAGGGCGUCUGGGCUUCAUUAUGGCAUCAUUUCUUGCGAGGGGUGUAAGGGCUUCUUCAAACGCAGUAUAUGCAACAAACGCAUUUAUCGCUGCAACAGAGACAAGAACUGUCAGAUGUCCCGCAAACAACGCAACCGCUGUCAAUACUGCAGACUGCAGAAAUGUCUGCAGAUGGGAAUGAACCGCAAGGCAAUCAGAGAAGAUGGGAUGCCUGGAGGCAGAAACAAAACCAUUGGACCUGUACAGAUCUCGCUGGAAGAGAUCGAGCGAAUCAUGUCCGGCCAGGAGUUUAAAGAAGGUGCUGAACUAUCAGAUACGUGGAGUCACGGCUACAGUAACCACAGUUCACCUGGCAACAGUAUCUCCGAGGGCAGCCAGACCUUAUCUUUCUCCACUCUGUCAACCAGAGAUCAAUGCAGUAGUCCGCAACAUUCUCCCUCACACACUUUCCUAUUGUGUAAAUAUCCUUUACUGCCCUCUACUGGCAGUAACCUGACAACACAAUCACAGACAUUAUCAGCCCAACUUCUUGCUGCAGAAGACCUGACACCCCUCAGUACACCCAUGGUCAUAGAGGAGGGGUAUAGCGUGAGUCAAUCUGAGCUGUUGGCUCUCUUGUGUCGUUUAGCCGACGAGCUUUUAUUCCGACAGAUCGUCUGGAUAAAGCGUUUGCCUUUUUACAGCGAUCUGACCAUCAAAGACUGCACUCGUUUACUGGGGGCCUCAUGGCAUCAGCUCAUCCUCCUCUCAUCCCUGACACUGCACAGUAGACAGAUACUGGGAGAACUGGCCAACAUCACACACCAGUACACACCGUCCAGUCUGAUGUUACAGGGGUUUGGUGAGGAUUCAAUGGAAGUUAUGGAGAGUUUAAAUUUCCUCUUCCGUAAAUUUCAUCAACUAAACAUCAGCAACGAGGAAUACAGCUGUUUGAAGACCAUCAUGUUCCUCAACAGGGAUACAGCAGGAUUGUGCAACACACCCGUGCUGGAACAGUUGAGUGAACGCUAUUGGUCGGUGUGUAGGCACCUGACAGAAAGACUCCACCCCCUCCGACCCAAACGCUUUAAUGACAUCAUCACGUGUCUCUCGGAGAUCCGACACAUCUCAGGAAAGAUGAUGUCACUUCCUCUGGAGCAGCUUCCAUUGCUCCUGAAGGCGGUACUAUACUCCUGCACAACCAAUCAAAACCUCUGGCUAGCCAACAGAUCCAACUCAAGGACAUAAGCCACGCCUCCAGCCAGUCAACCUGUGAAUGCCUUUUUGAUUAUUUUUUUUAUUUGUUAUUCGUUUUUCAAUGUAUUUAUUACAUGACAAAGUUGAAUGUAAAACUUCUGAUAGGUACCAAAUGUAGCAAUCUACCAAAUAAGACGUCAAGCCUGAAUAGAUCAAAUCCAGCUACCUCAGCAAAAUCACCAUCGAAAGAAAAUUCAUAGAGAUUCUUCUCUUCAAUCUUCAUUAAACAUUA